GUUAAAAACAAUGAUUAGUAUUAGAUGUUCACAUUUUAGAAACUUCUGCAACCGAGCCAAAGCCGAAUAUGUACAGGGUCAAAGUCCAACUCCUGGAAUACGUGAAUAUUUUUACUACGUUGAUCACAAUGGGAUGCUUUUUCAGGAUGAUUCACGUAUGAAGCAUUUCACUGCUGCGCUCAAAGAAAAGAAACUACUUUACAACUUCUUCAAAAGAUUGAAGCCGAAUGAGACUGGACGGUACAUGGAGGAAUUUAAGUACAUAUCUUUGUGUGGCAGAGAAAGAAACUUUGUUCGAAGUCUGGACCGUCCUAUAGUAUUUACUCAUAUCAAAAAACUAAAGAUAAGAGGUGAAGAGAAUUGGUACCUGGAGCAUAACUGGGCAGAAGAACUUCUUGUCCAACCCUUCAAACCUAAUCUUAUAUGUAUGGUGCCAAACACUGGUCGAGUUUAUCAUCCAGGCCCCAGCCUAGCUGGUGGGAUAGGACUUGUAUCUGAUAAACUAUCUAUACAGUGGACUACAGAGUCCAGGUUCAGGUAGGAUAGAUAGAUAGAGGAACCAGCCUAGCU